AUGGCGUCGCAGGUCCUUCGUGGCAUGAUCAGUUAUCCACUGUUUGGGCUCUGCAACAUUCUGAAUUGCUUUGCUCGCCUCGGUUAUCGACACAAUCAGCUGAUGGAUGGUGUUGCGGCUCACGUGGCUGAGCGAGCCGAUGGGCUGUCUCCAGUGGACAUCGCAUCGCUGGUGUUUGCGUUUGCAGAGCUGGCGCACAAUCCUCGAAACAACUUGCUCGAGGUUUGUGCCACGCGGCUGCAGGACUGCUAUCUUGAGGUUGGUGGGCCAAAUUGCGCCAUCAUCCUCAACUCGUACGCACGACUCGGGGAGUGCAACCCCGAGUUGUUCAAGGCCUUGUCGAGGUCAGUGGUGCAAACGGAGCCAGGAAGCUUUCAGGUGCAUCACAUUAGCCUUGUGAUGAAUGCAUUUGCCAAGUGCGCGGUGCGGAAGAGCCAGACGAUGCAUGUCCUCGGUGACAUCCUGGUGUCAAGGACCGACGAGCUCACACCUCAAAACGUGAGCAACAUCGUGCAUGCCUUCUCCAGGCUAUCCUGCUACAAUGUUCGGCUGUUUCAGAAGCUGGUCACGCGAGUGGCAUCUGAGGACUUGCAAGCCUACAAGCUUUACGAACUGGGGGUUCUUUGCCACAACUUGGCCAAGUUGCGGUCUGGUGGGCCAACGGUGUAUGGUGCCAUGUUCGGGGAGUUGGCAAGACGGCCUUCAGAGGCCUGGGAGCCAAAGGCUGUCGCACAGGUGCUGGAUGCGAUGAGGCGUCGCAGCGCGUUCAGUCACGAGCCGCUACUGGUCUUGCUAUCGGAACGCUUCUUCAACAACCUGGAUACUUAUCCAGUGCACCCUUUGACCCAGGCAUCAUGGUGCUUGGUCGAGCUCGACGCACUGAACCUUGCGAAGGGCUUGAGGCAGGAGUUGCCCGGUGACGAGCCCACUCAAGGCUUCCCAGAGGGGCGCUUUGCCAUGAGGAGGGUCUUCGAAAGGCUGGAGGACCUCAACAGCCGAAGUCCUUUCACGCCUACUCAGAGAUGCCACGUCCAGCAGCUAAUCCGGGCGUAUAGAUAUCGAUUCGAGUUGGACUACGGCUUGCUGCCCCAGAAGGUGAAAUCCUUCUGCAAGUCUCAGUUUGACGUCUCAAAUUCUGUGGUGUCUUCUGUGGCUUGGUCGUAA